AUGGCUACUUGUGCUGCUGCUUCUCAGGCUGUUUGGAGCUACAAGGGAAAACAGCAAUGGAAGCUGGUUUUAUUGCCUCUCUUUCUGGUUUUAGUGCAUUUAAUCCCAGUAAACCCUGUCAGGGAAGAUGGGUUGAAUCCUAAGAGCCGGAAGAGAAUAAUGCCUGAUUUGCUGACAGAGCCUCCUGCCAUAGACCCUGUUUAUGAAGCUCAUGUUUACUGCAACAUUCCCACCAUUGCUGAGCGCAGCAUGGAAGGUCAUGCCCCUCAUUAUUUUAAGCUGGUGUCAGUUCAAGUGCUGAUUCGACAUGGUGAUAGGUAUCCUCUGUAUGCCAUUCCCAAGACAAAGAGACCUGACAUCGACUGUAUGUUGGUGCCCAGCAGGAAACCUUCUCAUCCUCAGCUUGAAGCCUUCAUUAAGCAUAUGUCCAAAGGGUCUGCAGCCCAAAUGGAUGGUUCCCUGAGCAGCCUGCCUUACUUCCCCAGUCAUUCCCUGUGUGAAAUGGGAGAGCUUACACAGACAGGGGUUGUACAACAUUUGCGAAAUGGACAGCUGCUCAGAGAAGUUUAUAUCAACAAACACAAGCUGCUCCCUGGUGACUGGACAGCCAAGCAGCUCUACUUGGAGACCACAGGGAAGAGCCGAACGCUGCAGAGCGCGCUGGCGCUGCUCUACGCCUUUCUGCCAGAUUUUGACUGGAGGAAAAUCAACAUGAGGCACCAGUGGAGUACCAUUUUCUGCUCAGGAAGCUGUGACUGUCCCACGAGAAACCACUACCUAGAAGAGGAGCAGCGCAGGCAGUACAGCUUACGGGUGAAAAACAACGAUUUGGAGAAAAUAUAUGUGGAUAUGGCAAGGAUUGUGGGAAUUCCCACCAGGCAGCUGAGAGCUUCUAACCCCAUAGAUUCUCUCUUGUGCUAUUUCUGUCACAAUGUCUCAUUUCCAUGUACCAAAGCUGGCUGCAUUGGUAUGGAGCACUUCAAAGUAAUCAAGAGACACCAGUUGAAGGAUGAGAGAGAAAGACAGGAAAAGAAACUUUACUUCUUGUAUGCACUAUUGGCUACUCAUCCUCUCCUCAACCAGACUGUCAGUAGGCUGCAGCGUAUUGCAGAAGGCAAGAAGGAAGAAGUGUUUGUCCUCUACUCUGCGCAUGAUGUCACCUUGUCACCUGUUCUUAGUGCCUUGGGCAUUACAGAGGCCAGAUUUCCCAGAUUUGCUGCCAGAUUAGUUUUUGAGCUGUGGCAGGAUGGGAAGAGGCCCAAAGAACACUUUAUCCGCAUUCUGUACAAUGGUGCUGACGUCACAUUCCAGACCUCGUUUUGCAAGGAUCAUUAUAAACGCUCCAGCAAGCCAAUGUGCCCACUAGAAAAAUUUGUCAACUUUGUCAAGAGGGAUAUGUUCUUAGUUUUUAACAGUACAAGCUACUACGAUGCAUGUCAUAGGAGAGCACUGUAG